GCCGCCAUGUUUAAAUGCCCUACCAGGUGGUGGCUACUUCUUUGUUUACGUUCACGGAAAAGGAGGUUCCUCGCCGACCACAGACAAGACAGGCUCUGAGGUGUAGCUGAUGCUAAUCUACACAAAUAACAAGACACUGAAACUAGAUUCUUCCCUUGCUCAUCCUAGCACUGUGAAGGACCAGGUGGAGCCUCAGUUUGGGGUCCUGUAUGCUGCAAAUUGUAGAUCAAGUUUACAAAAAUGUCUUCAAGAGAUGAAAAAAUUUUGGAACUCGUUGAAAAAUUAAGUAAUACUGAUAAAAAACUUGAUGAAGAUGAGCUCACCUCAAUCUUGACCAAGACCUAUACCUUGUGUCGAGUGCCCCCUCUGCCAGACCCCAAUGUGCCCUACAGUGCCGCAGACUUUGCAGGUGUUGCAAGUGAAGCAGAAAUCAACCUUAGUAUUGUAUUAAAAUUACUGAACUGUGUAUCUGUUGCAAGAAGUAAACACAAUCAACAGUUUAGUCAUGGGUUUGUGAGGUAUAUUGUGGUCACUUGUCUCUUGGCUGCUUGUGAGUACUGUGAUCAAAGUUAUGAAUGGAGUAGUUCUGAAACAGCUGAUGUGUCUAGGAAAAUAAUGAACAAGUUGUGUGACUUGUGUGGGUGUGGUACAGUGACAGACCUCCUCAAUCCACAAAGGAAUUCAGCUGAAACACAAAGUUGUGGUAACAAAAGUGUUUUGGUUAAGGAUACAAGUCAAGACUUCAUGAAAUCCACCUUGCAAAGAUUGAGUGAGAUGUUAAACAAAAGUAACUGGAGGAUGUAUCCCUCUUUGAAGAUGACAUAUUGGUGGAUUUUAAGAAACACAUGUAAGGAUGAUUUAGGGGAGCACUUGGUUCUCCUGUUGCCUCCAGCACUCUUCAUAGUGGAUGACUGGGAAGACAGGAACAAACUCCUUGGCAUCCAAUGUCUCCAUCAUAUUUUAGAAAACACUGUGGGUUCAGAGCUGCGCUGGUAUGGUCGAGCAGCUGUCAUAUAUGAUGCCCUGAAGCCCCUGCUGUAUUCGAGGGAGUCUAAGGUAUUAUCCAGCCUGUACCCAACCAUCAUAAAGGUGGCAGAGAUCUUAGAGGCUGAUCCUGCUAAGGCUGAAAAACUGGAACAUGACAGCACUCUUGACUUCAUCAUGCAGCAGUUGCUACAAGAGAUGGCUUAUGAGCAGAAGUUGUGUCUGCGCUCAGUGUACACUGCUGCUCUUCCUCUGCUUGUACUGGCCUUAAAUUUGUUUGCUGUAAGGUGGUCUAAGGAAUUAAUGGAUGUCUGUGAAGAUUAUUUAGCAACAUUUGAAGGACCAUCAGCACAGGACAGAAUAAAUAUUUUGAAGGCCCUGCAGUACUAUGUGAAGGCUUGCUGGCCACAAGUUCACUACCAUGCCAUGCACAUACUGAAGAUGGCAGUGCGCCUUCUGUAUGAUGUGACUGAGGAAGACUGUGGCAUAGAGGCAGAGAGUGUUGAGGUUAUAAUGCAAGAAGUACAAGGUCUUGUUGUGCUCCUGCAUGCAGCUGCUCCCAACACAGUACGAGAAUUGUGCCGAGGCUUGCAGGAUGUUGCUGUCCAUCCACAGUGUGAGGUGGUGCUUCAGAGCCUGCAUGCAGUCACCCUGGAAGAUGUAAAGGAAGACUCCCGCACUUCCAGAGAUUGAGAUGGGCAGCAGAUAUAUCCUACAUGCCAUUAUGGUAACAUGAACACAUCAGUGACCUGCCUCUACUGUGACCUGCCAAGUUAUGCUGCUCAUAAUUAUUUGUCACUGUAAAUUGUCAGUCAGGCAGCCCAAGCACAGGAUUGCCCUUGAAUAUUAUUAUCCAACAUGAUCACAAAAUUCAAAAUUAUUUCAACUCCUGCAUCCAAGACUGUCAUCCAUGGUUAACUACAUAUACAAACAUAACAUUGAAGCCCAACAGAAGACCUUCAUGAUAAAACAGUUUUGAGUUGUAAAAGAACACUGACAACACUACAAGACAAUACUACAAAACUUUAAAUUUUUAAUUACCAGUUGGUAACAUAAAUGCCAAAAAUCAGUUUCAGGAACAAUUUUCUUGAUGUAAGAUGUGUUCUACAACUCUGGGUAGUUAUAUGAGUUGCAGAUGUACAUCAUACAUAAAUAUGUAUAUUAUAGAAAUACAUCAUUCAGAAGUUACCUGUGCCA